AUGCUGGACCCUUCGUCCAGCGAAGAGGAAUCGGAUGAGAUCGUGGAGGAGGAGAGCGGCAAGGAGAUCAGCAAACAGCAGCUGCAGACCGUCAAGGACCGCUUCCAGGCUUUCCUCAAUGGGGAAACCCAGAUCGUGGCUGACGAGGCCUUCAUGAACGCCGUCCAGAGUUACUAUGAGGUGUUCCUGAAGAGCGACCGCGUGGCCCGCAUGGUGCAGAGUGGGGGCUGCUCCGCCAACGACUCUCGGGAGGUCUUCAAGAAGCACAUCGAGAAGAGGGUGCGCAGCCUCCCCGAGAUCGAUGGCCUCAGCAAGGAGACCGUGCUGAGCUCCUGGAUGGCCAAGUUCGAUGCCAUCUACCGCGGGGAAGAGGACCCCAGGAAGCAGCAGGCCCGGAUGACCGCCAGCGCAGCCUCUGAGCUGAUUCUGAGCAAAGAGCAACUGUACGAGAUGUUCCAGAACAUUCUCGGGAUCAAGAAGUUUGAACAUCAGCUCUUGUACAACGCCUGCCAG